AUGUCAGCCAAAGCAUCCUCCAUCCACGACAAAAGCGCUGCCCCCAGCACUGAAUCCAAAGAAUCAGCCUCCCCGUUGCUGAAAGACGCCUCCGUCGAGCGGGACGAGAGACAAGUCCCCGAGGGGGGAGCUGGAGACACAUCCACAAAGCCACGAAAAAGAGACUUUUGGAAGUUGGGUAAGAAGAAUGAUGACGAUAAAUCCAAGGGCAAGGCACCUGCUACAUCGGCACCUGUGUCGAUCAAACCCCUAGCAGGACUGACUCCGGUCUCGCCUGUGCGGUCCCCAGAGAUCCUCGCCGGCUCCAUUUCACCGCACAGGACGUCCAUGACCUCGCCUGGGCUGGGCAGACAAAGUGCCUCUCCACGGCCUCAGUCGCCGGCGUCGUCCAUGAUCUUCGAGAGAAAUGUACAGGACGAGGUAGUUCCGCCGGAGACCUCUCCACAUCUGCCUUCUCACGUUAUCAUGGAAAACCACAUUGCCCCUGCGUUGGAUGCGUCGGCCGAGGCCAUUACCAACGAGAAACUGGAUCCAGACACGGUGGAGAUUGUGACGCACGCCACACAUCAACCUGCAGCGGUGACCAUUACAGGUUUGGGUAACGAGCACUCCCUGGCUUCGUCCAUGCAGGACGAAUUCCCUCCGCCGCCGCCGUCAGCCCAUCGUCAAGACCCGGACAACACGUCGACCUAUGGUUCUUUGGACUCGACCGACGUGCGCCGACUAAGCUUCAUCUCGUUUGCUGACGUCGUCCACGGAGAGCAGGAGGCGGGUGAUGUGCGACGAGAUUCGGCUCAUUUGUCUGGCCACCCAUCUCUCAUACCUCCCAGGUCCCCUUCUCCGGUCAGGUCGCCCACGUCUUCUGCGGCAUUCGGGACCUCUCCGCCAACCAGUGUUACGGCCUCGGUCAAAGGAUUCGAGACCUCUCCACACCGUGCCCCGCGUGGCACAGGAAGUCCGUUGCCAGGACAGAGCUCGCCUUUGGCCAUGGGUAGUGAAAUCAACGUCGAGACUAUGAGACAAGCCUUGCGGAAGACGGGAAGCGGAGAUCUCAGUCAUUUUCGAAGUGCACCACACAGUGCCGUUGGCAAUGACGACGGCACAUAUGAUCGACCUUUUAGAUAA